CUCUGCCAGCUAGUGAACGCUGCAACUGGAGCUGUUGUGCCCUGCAUAGAGCCGCGCGUGUGUGUGUGUGUGUGUGUGUAAGAGUGUACGCAAAUGGGAAAGCUACUGAGUCAGGAAAGACUGCCUCUCAUCUCUUCGCUGUUAUCACCAUCCGUCCCUCUCCCUCAUCUCCUCCUCCGCUGACAUGGAGCUCCAGCAGGCUGAAUCACAACAGCGUCUGCACAAAGGGCUGAGGUAGUUGUGUAUGCGUGUGUGCUGCUCCGUUGGGCCAGAAUGAAGUGUGUGAGAAGGUGGGCAUCAGGCUCUGCUGUCGUGUUCCUUCACACACUGGCCUUAUCAUGGACAGGUAAAAUUGAGCCUGCCCUCAAAAUUGACGGGCAGCACCAGGCGGCUGUUACCCUGCACGAAAACAUGACUCACUGGUUCAACUGCCAAUCAGACGGCUGGGAUCCCCGAGCCCCUCCUCUGCUCACCUGGUACCUGAACGGGGAGCAGCAGAAGGAGCGACCCCCCACCCGUAGGCGCCUGGUGAUGAAGCUGCAGGAGGAUUCUGAGGUCAUGAGACGGAGGACCCAUCUCAACAGCACCUUCUCUCUGCGGGCCAAGAAGUGGGACAGAGAGCUGGUGUGUGUCGCAUCGAACCCCAGGACAGGAGAGAGCUACAACGCCACGGUCACACUCAAUGUCCAGUUUCAGCCAGAGAUCCUCAGACUGAACGCCCAGCACAGUGAGAACUCAGACCCCGGGCUCUCCCUGGUCCUCUUCGCCUUGGUACGGUCCAACCCGCCUGCCACCAUCACCUUCAUGGACCAGUCAGGCCAGCUGGUGGCUAACACCUCCGACUUCCUCAUCCUGGAUUCCAGAAGCUACCCCUGGCUGACCAAUCACACGCUGAAGGUCACACUCGGGAGCCUAUCAGGGAAUAUCUCGCUGAACGUCAGCAACAGUGUGGGAACAGUGCAGAGCAACCUCACUCUGGCAGAGUUCCUGCAGUCUCGUGUGGAGGUGCCCAUGCUGGGAAUAGUGACGGGGGGAGCCAUGGCCUUCAUGGCGCUCCUCAUCCUCAGUCUGAUUGUUCUCUGCCUUAUGCAAAAAAACAAGAGCAAAUCCUUUGAUGAGCCAGUGGAGAUUUUGAUGACAAAGAAAAGUGACUCUGCCAAUCUGAAGGUAGAGAAAGAAGUUAAGACCAAAAUCCCCAGAGAGAACAUGUCUCUGCCUUCCAACAUGCAGCUCAACGACCUCAACACUUUGAGAAAAGCACUUAUGGAAGCCCGAGAGGCCACCCAGCAGAACGGUAUGGGAGGGAAGAAGAAAGAGGAAGAGGAGGAGGAAGAUCUGUCUUUAGCCUACGCCGCCAGAGGUUUUGCAAGAUAUCCGAUGGUGGGCUACAUCUAUAAGGUGAACAGCAAAAGCAGUGAGGAGAUCUGGCUCUGACUGACCUCACACACACACACACACGCACAUUUACAAAUACACACAUGCACACACACAGACGCACACAUACUUUACAUGCAUGCAUAACUACGUCUAACGAUGCAGCUGUCCAAGAGGGAACCCAUAGCAACUUGCAGUCAUUCAACCAAUCAUCAGAAACUAUCUUUGUGUAUCACAUACCGUACCAACACUGUUACUCAAGUUUAUCCAAUAACUUGAAUUUAAGGUUCACAAAACUAAACUGGAUGUUGUUGUAAUCUCUCUGAACCGAGAGCUCUGGUCCAUAUACUUCUGAUGUGUUGUCUUAACAUUGCAAAGUUUAAAAUCUACAUAAAAUGAUACAUAUCCUGUAUGUUUCAACAUGUUUCCUCCUGUAACCACAUGCCUAUGAUGUCCUCCUCCCCUCUGAAUGCAUUAAUUGUUCUAUGCUAACACCAGAAUGUCCUGAGAUAAUAUAUUGUAUGUGAGAUUUUACAAACUGACCAAUAAUCUCUAAAUAAGAUGGAACAUAUUUAUAGAGAAUGUAUUUGUAUAUGGACAUGUAACAUGUCAUGUACUGUACUGUAUAUUUGUAUGCAUAUGUAUAUGUGUAUAAAAGAGGACGUCUAAUAAAGAUAUUGUAUGA